CGAGAAUGUUUGAUAAUACGAAAGUAUUGACCCGUUAGGAGUGUCUGAAUCGAUUGGCAGGGUCUCGGUGUAUCAGCGUUUGAAAGUCGGUUUGUUUGGGAAUAUAAGGCGGGGAUGCGUGUUGAUUACUGGUAGGGGACGUUUGUUUGGCGUUGUACCCGUUGCAACGUCAAAAUAUGUAGAUGGAGUUCUAAAUUGUCGGUGUAAUAGCCGUUAAGUCGGCGACUUGUUAUGGCCGUUUAACUUCGUAGUUUGCUUUGUAUAACAUCUGCCGCGUAUAUAAUAGUUCAUCAAUUAGCUAAACAUGGAGGAAGACAGGCGACCCGCGAACAGCAUCGAUAUGCGUCGCGUUCUGAUACAGGCAUUGGGCGGAAUUUCACAAGAAAAGAAGAAAGGCAAACAAGUGAAAAAGCAAGCAAAGCAGCUGAACACACCUGUAGGAGAACAAAAUCAACGCCGAGAGACUAACACAACCCAAGCAGGACCACACGAAGAACUCGUUGCUGAAGAAUAUGAACAAGACGGGCCAGUUGAACACGAAAGGCUUGUUGAGCCAACUGAAAAAGACAAGCAGUAUCAACAGGUCAAGUCAGUAGAAAAAGAGAAGGUAGUUGAGCAAGAUAACCAGAAUGAAGAGCAAGAGCAUAUGGAAUUUGAGCAGGAAAUGGCAUUUGAACAUGAAAUGGCAUUUGAACCUGACAUUGCAUUUGAGCAUGACAUUGCAUUUGAACACGACAUUGCAUUUGAACAUGAUAUUGCAUUUGAACAUGACAUUGCAGUUGAACCUGACAUUGCAGUUGAACGUGACACUACAGUUGCACAGGAAAAUGCAGCUGAGAAGCAAACUGAAGUUCAAAAGAAAAUCGAAGUUGAAAAGGAAAUUGAAGCUAAACAGAAAAUUGCAGUUGAUCAGGAAAUUGCAGUUGAACAGGAAGUUGAAGUUGAACAGGAAGUUGAAGUUGAACAGGGCUUUGAAGUUGAACAGGAGGUUGAAGUUGAACGGGAAGUUGAAAUGGAACAGGAUGUUGUAAUUGAACAGGAUGUUGAAGUCGGACAAGAAGUUGAAGUUGGACAGGAAGUUGAAGUUGGGCAAGAAUUUGGAGUUGGACAGGAAUUUGGAGUUGGAGAGGAAUUGGGAGAUGGAAAUGAAUUGGGAGUUGGAGAGGAAUUGGGAGUUGGAGAGGAAUUUGGAGUUGGAGAAGAAUUUGGAGUUGGAGAGGAAUUUGGAGUUGAAGAGGAAUUUGGAGUUGAAGAGGAAUUCGGAGUUGGAGAGGAAUUCGCAGUUGGAGAGGAAUUCGGAGUUGGAGAGGAGUUUGGAGAGGAAUUUGAAUUUGGAGUUGGAAAAGAAUUAGGAGAGGAAUUUGGGGUUGGAGAGGUAUUUGGAAUUGGACAGGAGUUUGGAGUUGGACAAGAAGAUGGAGUUGAAAAGGAAGUAGGAGUUGAACAGGAAGUCGGAGUUGAACAACAAGUCGGAGUUGAACGGCAAGUUGGAGUCGAACAGGAAGUUGGAGUUGAGCGGGAAGUUGGAGUCGAGCGGGAAGUUGGAGUCGAACAGGAAGUUGGACUCGAGCGGGAAGUUGCAGUUGAACAGGAAGUUGCAGUUGAACAGGAAGUUGCAGCCGAACGGGAAGUUGCAGUCGAACGGGAAGUUACAGUUGAACAGCAAAAACAAGUUGAACAGAACAGCAUACCACUACCUUUCGAAUGUAUGCAUGGAUCAGAUGGGAACUGUGUGAAGUGCAGAGCUCUAGCUGCAUUUUUGAAGCAUCCAAUAGAUCCAAAACGUGACAGAAUUGUUUUUGUAGUACCUAGGGAGCUUAAUCCAGUUGUUGGUAGAGCAACAGUAUGUCACAGGGCAAUUUUCCGCAAUUCAAGUUCGCCUGGUUUCUAUUUGCAGUUACCAACUGAUAUUUAUAAAGUUUUGCCUGCGUCAGAAGUAAAACGUGGAGAUAAUAGGGAACCACAUUUUUAUGUGAGACUGGGAGCUUGUUACUUCAAGGCAGUACCUGAAGAUGAUACAGAGACAUCAGAGGAGCAGUCAACUAAAGAAGGCCCACGGCAGCAGCAGUCCAAUAAACGAGGUCUCCCAGACGAUUUUUCUGAUGGUACUGCAACAAAUAACCAAAAUGGUACUGGUAGUAAAAGGCAUUGUCGAGGACAUGAUGUUCCGAGAUCUGCUUCUGCUGCCAAUGUACAAGGGCAUACCAACAGACUUGAAUAUGCACGCAUCAGAAGCCCACUCUAUGUCAACGUAAAAGGAAAACGUUUCAGAAUUGUGGAUGUUAUGGGCUAUGGACCAUCAAGUGUUAUGUGCAGGACUAUAGAAAUGCAAGAACGGAAAAUGUAUGCACUAAAAUGUGUGUUGGUAUCAAACGAUGUUGAAAUAGCUUUAAACCAGCAGAAUGAAAUUGAUAUCUUGAAGCACUUGAAGACAUGUCCAAGAGCAGUUACCAUGUUUCAGUACAAGGAAUACCAGGCUGUACGGUCACUGUUCAUUCAGCUGGAAAUGGGAGAUGUGGACUUAGCACGACUAAUUGAAAGUGUCGAUGAUUUAAACAUGCAUGAUAUUUUGUAUUUUUGGAAUGAAAUGUUAACAACAGUCAAUGAAGUGCAUAAAUGCGGUGUUAUUCAUGGUGACUUAAAACCAUCAAAUUUUGUGUUCUUCCGUGGUGUAUUAAAGCUGACAGACUUUGUGUCAUCUUACAAAACUGUACUUCCAUGUGACAAAAUUCGGAGGACAAAGUAUCAUGGAGCAGUGAAUUACAUGAGCCCCGAAACAGCCCAACAUAACAUAUCUAGUUUCAAGAGUGAUGUCUGGAGUUUAGGGUGCAUAUUGUAUCACCUUCUGUACAAAGUUACACCAUUUGAACAUAUUAAAGAUCUUGAUCAGAAGAUAUCGGCUAUUAGUGACGCAGAUAUACCAAUAGAGUAUCCGUACAGGGCUGAUUGCCCUAGGGGUUUGACUGAGGUUUUACGCCAGUGUUUGAUACGAGCUGAAGAUGCAAGACCAUCUGUGGAAGAAAUUAUCAAUUAUCCAUGGCAGUAAAGGUAUCCUGGAGAGAAGAUUAAAGCAGCCUGCCUGCCCAUUUAAUGGACUGAGAUGUGUUAAUGGCAGCCUAAUACCUUUCAAGAAUCUAAAAAAACACAAAACCGAGAAACAAAGAUGUAUAACUAUAAUUCAGUAAACAUUAUUAUGAAAAGGAGAGAUUGCUACUUACUGUAUAGAGGAGAUGAGGAGUCACACAAUAUCCUUUUCAUAAUAUUGUAGUUUUUAUUAUUGUCCCCAGUAAAUUCAUUGUGAAAUAGGUAAUAAAUGCAGAUAUUCAGUCCUGGUGAUACAGUUUGUUAUAAGCAGAAGCUACAAAGGAACUUAACUAAAAUUACAGGACUUAAAUAGCUCAUCAGUGUUAAAAAAAUGACUGUAAAUUAAUGUAAUUCUCAUCUUUAUGCAUUGCAUUUAUUUCUGUAACGUAUUUGACAUGAAUAGGAAUGAAGACUAUCAAAUACGAGUAAAUAUCACUAAAAUAUGGAAAAUACUAUCCCAUGAAAUGAGUGCAGUGAAGAAGUAUGUUUGUAUGUGUAAGGGAGAGGUUGAAACAAAAGGUUACACAAAUUUGAGGUUGAAACGAAAGGUUACACGAAUUUAUAUUGAUGAACAAUCAUCUAGUGAAAAUUGUGGUGUUUUUGAGUGAGACUUUUGAUGUAUGCACAAAAUUUUAGCUCUCUCGCGUCCUCAUCUUCUUCACAACUGUAUCAUUCUUUAGUGUUCCAGUCACCUUAUAAGUGUGUGUUUGUUCAUUAAGAUACAUUUUGACUAGUGAUAAUGCCGCAUGCAUGUGUAUGUGAUGUUUUAAAACCACAUGCUACUGGAACACCAAGUUCUACACUCUCAUAAACAUAGCGUAUGUGGGACUAUUAACCACUUCCAACUAUUUUUUUCUGAUCAUUUGUCUUGUUAUAAAACUAAUAGUUUAAACAGUGUUGUGUGCUGUUUUUGUAUCUUUCAACAAAGGCAACAGAAUAUUAACUCUGCUAAAACACUGUCAUUUUAUUUAGAAAUGAAUACUGUGAAACUAUACAUAAACUUUAGACAGUGAUUAAAAAUAAUCCCAGGAAACAUAUGGUGGUAUCUUACUGUUUUAAUAUUGACUAAGCAUCUUAUACUAAAUGUGUGUUUGUGUGUGUGUGUGUGGGGGGGGGGGGGGGGGGGAGGGUCAGAAGUAAAGGGAUAUAAGUACACUUCUUUUAGUUUUUGGAAAACUGGAGUUUAAGUUCACAAGAUUUUAGAAUUCCCUUGAACUUAAUUUUUGUUUUAUUUUAAUUUUUUAUACAAGACAUAAAAAAUACUUUGUAGAAUUUUCUGUUUGCUUGUUGAAAUAACAGGUAAAUAUACAUGUUCAGUAUUAUGUUAGAAUUUGUAAAAGUCUGUAUGCACUUGUAUCCCUUUGCUUCCAGAAUAUUGUGAAUCAAAAAGAAUGUAAUUUAUGUUUUCUCUAUAAUGCUUUUGUUAUUGGUUGUUGUCAAUUCAGUUGUCAUAAAAUUGCUAUUUAAAGUUACAAAAAACAUUUAUGUAAUGUUACAUGAGCACCAUGCCUUUCAUUCAUUUUAAUAGUGAAAGAAAAUAGGAAAGAUUACUGUUUAAUAUGUUAUUCCAUUAUUGUAUAUUUUAUUGUCCCAUCUGGGUUACUUACUUUUUCUUAUUAUCAUAGAAAGGUUAUGUAAAUAUAUACACACAUGGAAAUAACUUUUUUGUAACAUAUUGUUACUAGUUUUUUCUUUAUUUACAGUUUAGCAGUGCAGAGCAUUUUUUCAUUUGUAUCCCUCUGUCACAAAAUUUUUACAUACUUUACCAUGCUCUAGAUGCACUAUGUCAUUUUUGUAGGAAAUGUUACUUGUUCCCCUUUGUUUCUGACACCCUCAAAUGCCUUCUUUGAGUGAAAACUUGGUGUUCUGAACACUGUGCUUUCCACACACUUGUGAAAACUUGGCAAAAAAAGUACGACAACUGCUGCAUUCACCAAAGUUUCAAAUGUGACCACAUUGUUUAGAAGAACUGAAAAAUAAAAACAGUGUCGUGAUGCAAGCAGUUUAUAGGGGUAAACUGCAAAUACCUCUCCCUGUCAAAAGACAUCAAGUAAUUGUCAUUCUUUUAUUUGGUGAAAAGUAGAAAAUUUGGGACAUGGGUUCAGUACAGGUCUUUACUACUUGUAGAGUGAGAGUAAAUAUGACACUUAUAUUUGAGGAUUGUCUGCUGUUGAAUACGAUUGUGAAAGUGCUCAAAGGAAAAUCAUAUCAUUUGUAUUGUCCAGAGAGAAUAAUGCCUCUUUUGAUGAUUAAUAUGAGAGGAUAACAAUUUUACCAGAUGCUCUUAUGCAGUAUCAUUUGGCAGCUUGGUGUAUGCAUUUCUGAUUUACAUUCACUUGAUCUCUAUGGACCAGGAGUAACAUUACUUCUUAUGAUCAUGUUGUAAUCAAGUGAACUGUGUAACUGAAAAGUGUGUGUGUAUGUGUGUGUGUGUGUGUGUGUGUGUGUGUGUGUGUGUGUGUGUAAAUUACAAGUAGUACUGUGUAUAGUUCCUAGUUGUAUUUUUAAGCUGUGUUGUUGUGCAUGAUAUAUGCUUAUAUUAUUGAAUUAUCAUUACUAAAUGUCAUAUACAAUGUUAAACAUUGAAUUUGUGUAUCAAGAUUUUUAUGUCAGUGUUUGUUGUGAAGAAAGCAACACUUACUGCUGAACAAAUACAAUUUUUUGGCUUCAUGUUUUAUAAUUCUAGUUUUACCCUUAAAAGGGAGAACUGCUCCUGUUACUACUACUGCUACUACUACUACUACUACUACUACUGAGCAUUAAUGAACUAUGCUGAAACAUGUGAUUUGUACAGUACAUUAAUGUAAGAUGAGCUACAUUAGGGGUGUCAUUGAAAGACAAUGAAAGCUGGCUAUUAUCCCCUUGGGAACGACACUAUGCUUUUUCUUGAGUAGGUUUGUUUAUACAAGUACGAGUAAAUAAUUUAUUUGCAUUUGCUGAGUUAUAACUGUUGUUACGGAGACUCUUGUUAUCAUAUAUUUCUGUUCACCAUCUCUCUCUCUCUCUCUCUCUCUCUCUCUCUCUCUCUCUCUCUCUCCCCUCUCCCUUCCUCUCUCUCUCAUUUUCAUGUUUUAACCAUAAAUUUUCAAGUAACUAUCUCUCUGUUCCUGUCCCUGCAUCACAGGGAAGACAAUUCAGUUGGCUCUAUUGAUAAGUAGAAGUUUUUCCCACUUCAGUAACCUACUGUUACAAGCCAUCAUCAUUUUUAAUUUCUGUAUGUAACUUCAAAAAUAGUGAGAAUUGUCUUGUGUCGUGGUUUCACGUAUCAAAACAACUAUCAGUUUGGAUGGAUGUGUCAUAUUUUGAGUCUGACUUAAGGAUUGUAUUAGUUUACACAUCUAGCUGGAAAAUAACCACCAUGUACCUUAUGGGCACAGUUGUUCUGUGCACUCUGUCCAGCAUUUACUUUUUAACUUCCUGAUUUGUUAAGUUUUCCUUAAAAACAGAAAGAGUAAUACAACAGAACAUUGUUGCUUUUCUGGAGCCACAAGGAAUUGUGCUUUUAACAAUCUGGUAAUUUGAGGAAGGCUCUGACUGAAAUGGAAAAAAGAAAUAAAAUGAUAUUUUGAAGAAAGGGAUCAUGGGGAGAAAAUAAUGAUAGUAAAAAAAGAAUGGAAACUCAGUCUUAUUUUCAGUUACAGAGAUACAGGCAAAUUAAGUGAAAUGGAUGUGCUCACGAAAGGAUGACUGCAAAAUAUAGAUGUAGGUGUGGAAAAAUGUAGACCCUUCAUUUAAGCAUAGGGUGAAAUACAGUAGACAACAGAACGUGGAUGUUCAACAUACAGAAAAACUGAGAGGUUGGAGCCUAUUUGGUAAUGGAUGAGUUAUGUUGCAGAAAUCACUUUCAGUUCCAUAUCUUGCAUGAGAUAUUCACCUAUAGCUUAAGCUGUUUUCUUUAUUUGGUACCUACAACACUAGAUGAUGUGUGCUGUAUGAUUGGUAAUGAGAUUCCCGAUUUCCACAUUGGAAAAGUAUUGUUUGUUCAUAUAAUCAAAAAGUUUAUUGAUAAUCUGUUCUAUUUAGAAGCUGGAACGAUGUAAUGGCAAUACAUGAAAAGGAAUCGGAAGUUGUGAUAUUGACUAAGGAUGUGAACCACAAGUAAAAAGAUUAUGGAGGGGAAAAUUGUGUUCAUUAUGUGGCCAUUUGAAUAACAACCUGGAAGUUGAAGAUGCUGUAGUGUAAUUUUGUUUCAAGGAAAGUUUGUAUCUUUCAUGUAGUGAUUGUUGCUUGAGCUAAAUACUUAAGUAUAGGGUAAACUCAAGUCUCUUAGGUGCUGCAUUGUCGUCACCUGAGACACUGUACGAGAUAGACCUUCCACACUGGCAUUGAGGAAGUAAAAUAACUGACCUUUUAUGCUUUUAGAGUAUUUUAAAUUUAUAAUUGGACUUAUUAAAAAUGUUUCCACUCUUUCCCCUCCACUCAUCAGAACUCACAUUCCUUUUGUAUGAGAUGAUUCUUGUUAACUGCACAGCAUGAAAUUGUUUAUGUUGAGCAGUUUUUGUUGUAAAAUAAUAUUCACUGUUAUUGAGUGUUUUGUGUCUAUUAGAUAAUAGUUGAAUGUAGUAAAUGUAUUUACUCUAUGCUGUGUAAGGCAUGUAGACAGUAUAUGCUUUUUCAUGUAAAAAUUAUUCCUCAGUGAUGUUUAAAGCUUUCCCGAUGUACUGAUUGUUCCAUAAAAAAAUGAGAGAAGUGCCGGAUGUCAGUAACGUCCUGCCACGAUAUUUCGGCACAGAGUCUUCUGGUCAUCUUCAGGUGAGUACUGCUGUAGUAGUACUACUACAGUGGUACUCACCUGAAGAUGGCCAGAAGACUCUGCGCCGAAAUAUCGUGGCAGGACUUUACUGAAGAGGACAAGUCUCACAAUGAGCUGCUGAACCACAAAAGAAGAAUAUAGGCUAAAUGAUGCCAACAGUGAGGAAUGAUUCCAUAAAAACACGGGAGAACUGCAGGAUGUCAGUAAAGUUCUGCCACGAUAUUUCGGCGCAGAGUCUUCUGGUCAUCUUCAGGUGAGUAGUACUACUACAGCGGUACUCACCUGAAGAUGGCCAGAAGACUCUGCGCCAGAAUAUCGUGACAGGACUUUACUGACAUCCUGCAGUUCUCCUGUGUUUUUAUGGAAUCAUUCCUCACUGUUGGCAUCAGUUAGCCUAUGUUCUUCUUUUGUGGUUCAGCAGCUCAUUGUGAGACUUGUCCUCUUCUACAAUUUUCCACCAGUUAUCUUAGAAUGUUGCUGGAUCUCUUCAAUUUCUGGAAACCAUUUUCCAGAGAUCUUCAAUGACUCCAUCCUCCCAUCUGAUUUUAGGCCAACCUUGCGCUCUCAGUCCUCCUUGAUUUCCUCGUAAUAAAUUUUUGGGUACUUCCGCAUCACUCAUCAAUGCUACAUCGCCACAGCCCACCUCAAUCGGGAUGAUUUCACUAUUUUUCUGAUCGGUGGGUCUUUGUAAAUUUUGUACAGUUCAUGAUUGUAUCUUUUCCUCCACAGUCUUCUUUCACAAAUUGGGCUGAUGAUUCUUCAGACAAUCCUUCUAAAAGUUUGUAGAAUACCCCUGUCUCUUCUUCCUCAGAAUAUUCUGUUGAUGCAUGCGCAUUAAAUAUAGAAUCAUUAAAGAAUAUCCCUUUUAUCCUGAGUAUUGAUAAUUGUGGGCUAAUAUGUGUAAACCCAGUUACUAAGUGUUUAAAUUUGUGAUGUACCACAAACCCUGUGCCAAACUCGUGUUUACUCUCACUGCAGCUGUAAAAUAUAUUAGCUUCUCUUUUUUAGAAUCUGACUUCCUGACCACCUUACAUCUUGCAGCACUAUGAUACUCUGCUUCAGUGUGGUUGUUUGAUCCAGCAGCACUCACAAGCUCCUGGUUGGUACAUAGUUCUCACAUUCCAUUUCCAAUAUAUAAAUAUGACUUAUACUUUAUGUUUUCUUUUUUUCUCCUCUGACUUACUUGUCCAUUACUGUCAAUCCCUUCCAUGUCGGGCCCAUCUCCUUUAAUCAGUCCAGCUUUCCUUUGUUGAAGUUUUGCAACAUAUGUUUUCUUACGGAUAGGGGUGUCAGCCCUAUGUCCAACCGCUGCCAAAGGAUGAGUGAUGUUUUAUUAGGGUUUUCUUCCCUUAAUCUUUGGAGAACCAACCCCACCAGCUGUGAGGCAACAGCUUCUCUCUUUUAUUAACCUCAAGAGGGAGGGUGCCUCUUCUACCAGCUAUGCCGUUCCGAAGGACUCCUUUCUGCCAUAGCUGCCAUUUGAGUCUUCACUGUAUCCCUGGCUUUGGGCUGUUGCAAGAUACUGUCACCAGGGCUAGGUGAUCCAAGUUUUUUUCCGUGCUAUUACUCAUGCAGCUCCUCCUUACCCUCUCCUUGCGGCACCUCGGGCUUGCCACAAGUAUAGCGAAGUUUGUUAUGUGAUAAUAUGACUGUUAAUGUGUAUUACUGAAGUGUAUCUAUUAGAUGGUGUUUAAAUGUAAUAAAAGUAUUUACUGUGCUGUAGAAGGCACGUAGAUAGAUAUGCUUUUUGUGUAAAUAUUUAUUGUGCAAAUUUGUCAAUGUUGGCAUCAUUUAGCUUAUAAUUGUAGAUUAAACCAGUGAGCCAGGUGAAAGACAUGCUUGUAAACCUGACACCAGAAGAAACUAUAAUGUUUUUUUGUCCCUAGACUAAAUGUCUAAUCUUAUUCAGAUGUCUCUUCUAAGAAUGUUCAAAUUUCAUCACAUAGUGUUUUGAGUAUACUAGAAGAAAUUUUGUUUAUCAAAGCUGUUGUGCCAUGUAUGAAUGAAAAAGAGGUAUACAUUUUUUAUAUGACAAGAAUUUAUAAUCUGUUGAAUUGUCUUUCUCUCCUAUGUGCACUGUGUAGGAUUUGUAUGCAACUAAGUUAUUUUAAACCACCAUACCUAAGAUUUCAUCUAUUGAAUUAUUUUAUUUUCUUAUGUGCACUGGGAUGAUUUUGUGUUAUCAUGGUAUGUUAGAUUGUCUUACCUAAGCUAGGAAAUUGGUACUGUACAUUUUCCUCUUGUAUUAUAAUUUGAAGUCUUAAUUACUUUAAGAAGUAAGUAAAAACUGAAAUUAGACUGCUUCUCUAGCAUUUAGAAGGCAGAACAAGAUUAUAGUUUGAAUGAACUUUCAGUGCUGUAUUAAAUGUAUGAAGAGGGAGGAAACUUUUGUACUUGUAGCUUUCUCCCCUCCUCUUUACUGUCAUGCUUAGUACUACAUAUUAUUUAAUUUGUUUUAGAAUUAUGAGUAUAGAGCUUGAAGUUCAAGGAAUAAAUGUGAUACCUACUUGAUGUGAAAAGUGCAGCUUGUAGAUAACUGAUAACCACAAAACAGCCCAACCAGUUUCCACAUUAAAUGUUGGAGACAAAUUAGCAAUAAGUUCCCUUGCAGUAGUAGCCACCAAACAUGCCUUUAUUAUUUGUAAAAUGGGAAAUGCACAAAAGGAAACACAUUUUCUGUCUCUUGCGUUUUGGAGCCGUUUUAUGGAUGCAACAUUUCCCCUCCAUAUGUUAUUCUUCAUAAAAUUAACCUCCACUUCUUAUAUGAAGAUAAUGUCACUCAAUUUAUGAAGAAAAUUCCAUAAAUGAAUUUUUUAGAAUGCCGUCAAUUCAGUAAUGAACAGGUAGUAUGGCAUAAGAUCUGGCAAACAUUUUAAUUGUUUAAUUUCUACAGGAAUCAAAAGAUAAAGAUGGAGAACUAUAGUAUAAUGUAAGUGAGUCACUUGCUGAGCUUUACAAAUUCCUUGAAAAGGGGCAGAUAUACUCUUCACUGUUCCAUACAUAGGAAUUCCUCUGUGGUGAAAAGUUUCGCUCCGUUUUUCAGUGUGUAACAGUAAAUUUUCAUUUCCAUACAAUCUCAAUUUCAGGAUGUUUAAGAUUGGCUGUCUUUAUGUUUUCUGAAAUUUGUUUGACAUUACAAUAUUUUAAUACCUUUUUAAACCUCUUUCACAUUACAAUGUUUUGACAACUACUAUAAAUUACUUAAUGUGGCAAACUUGUAAAUAAGGAUCAGAAAUGUCACUAACAGUUCUAUGUUCCUCUCAGGGUAAAGAUGCUUUACUUCAUUGUGGUUUGGACACCUUUAUGUCUGUUUCUCAGACAUAUCAUGAUAAAAUGGCGCUACUGUUAUCCUGGCUUACUGAUGUUUAGUUGGGCAAUAUAUCAAUAUGUGUAUGUCUGUUGUGCUUGCACAGAAGUCCUUGAUGUAUGUGUACAAUUUGUGGACUGUAAGCUCCAUUUUAAAUGUAAUUUGUGUCCUUGGUACUUAGUUACCAUAUAACUGAAAUAAAGUGUCUUGAUGUAUUGCACAUAUAA